GAGGACUGCUCGGCAGUACUAAUGGGCUGAGUUGAUCUAGCACAAAUGAGACGGCUUGAGCGUUUGCACACAGAAAGACAGACCGUAACACUUCAUUCAGCAACUUCUGAGCGAUGCUGCAGCAUUGUGCUCUAACCGGGAUCGUCUUUACUAACUACUGUUAGUGUUCGUAAAAGAAAGCCGAGCUGAAAUACCCACUGCAGAAAACAGCACAUUAAAAGAAAAAAAAAAAGAAUAAAAGGUUUAAUGACUGACUGCACAACUGGCGUGCAUCUAAAUUGUGGAUCUGCUAAAAUUGACCACGUUAUAAAGAAAACUUUGUGCAGACCAAAAAAGGACAACAAGAGCAUAUUUUUUUUAAUAUCUUGCACUAAAAAUGAAAAUUCUCACCUGAAGCCCCGAUCUGAACUCGCAGAACAGUGAAGCGCCUUGGAACACCAGUCAUUUUGUACUUGGAAUUGCACUGCAGCUUGCACGGGCUAACAGAAUUAAGAGGAAUUACAGUAUUCUGUUUCUUAACGUACAUUUUUGUUUCAGAAUAAUUUGAACCUUGGACUUCUUAAGACAUGGAUCGUUGUCAGUAGUUGGAUUUCAAUGUAUGUAUUUCUUUAUUUUUCUUGAGAGUGGAGAACCAUAAAUAUUGUUCUACUUCUUCUGUCUAACAUGGAACAACAUCUUAGUGCACUGAUGUCAUUACGUGUUGGGGAUUGUAAAUAAAUUGGCACAUUUAGCCCAACAGAAUUUUGAGUUCUCCAGACUUUGGCAGCCUUAAGGAGAAGGCACUUAUCCCUGUGUGAAUAUGAACUUGGUAUCCAAAGCAUUCCUAAAUGUGGCUUUGUUAGCCUGCAUCAUCUUCCAGUCUGGAGCUCAGGAGAAGGACUACACAGUGCGAGAAGAGCUACCAGAAAAUGUCCUGAUCGGGAACCUGGGCAAGGACCUGGACUUGGCCUUGGACCCGAAUAUCAAGCUAUCUUCCCCACUCCAGUUCAAGCUGGUGUACAAGACUGGGGAUGUGGCCUUGGUGCGGGUGGAGGAGAACACAGGGGAGAUUUUCACCACCUCCAACCGCAUCGACCGCGAGAAGGUCUGCUCAGGGAUCCACAGCGAGAACCGUUGCUUCUAUGAGGUGGAGGUGGCUGUGCUGCCCGAUGAGGUCUUCAGACUGGUUAAGAUCCGCUUCCUCAUCGAGGACAUCAAUGACAACGCCCCACUCUUCCAGUCCACCGUUAUCAACAUCUCCAUUCCAGAAAACACAGCCAUCAACUCACGCUACCCUGUCCCCUCUGCUCUGGAUCUUGAUGUGGGUAUAAAUGGAAUACAGCACUAUGAGCUUGUGAAGAGUGUAAGUGAAUUUGGACUGGACAUCAUUGAGACCCCAGAGGGAGACAAAUGGCCACAGCUGAUUGUCCAGCAGAACCUUGAUCGAGAGCAGAAGGACACAUUUGUCAUGAAGAUCAAGGUGGAAGAUGGAGGGUCACCACCAAAGUCCAGCACUGCCAUCCUCCAAGUGACCAUUGCAGAUGUCAAUGACAACCGCCCUGUGUUCAAGGAAAGUGAAAUUGAGUUGAGCAUCCCAGAAAAUGCCCCAGUUGGUACUUCAGUCACACAACUUCAUGCUACGGAUGCUGACCUGGGCUUGAACGCACAGAUCCACUUUUCCUUUAGCAACCAAAUUUCCAAUGCUGCCAAAAGGCUCUUCAAUAUUGACAGUACCUCUGGAUUGAUCACUAUUAAAGAACCACUAGACAGGGAAGCGUCUCCAGUUCAUAAAUUGACAGUAUUGGCUAGUGAUGGAAGCUCUACCCCUUCUAGAGCUAUAGUGACAGUCAACAUUACGGAUAUCAAUGACAAUGUCCCCUCCAUAGACACAAGGUAUAUCAUCAACCCCAUCAAUGGGACAGUCCUUUUAUCAGAAAAAGCUCCUCUCAACACCAAAAUCGCUCUGAUUACAGUGAUGGACAAGGAUGCUGACUUGAAUGGGAAAGUCACUUGUUACACCGACCAUGAUGUUCCCUUUCGAUUGAAACCUGUCUUUGACAAUCAGUUCUUGCUGGAGACUGCGGCUCCUCUGGAUUAUGAGACAACCAGGGAGUACGCUAUUAAGAUUGUGGCAUCCGAUUCGGGAAAGCCUCCACUCAACACUUCAGCUAUGGUACUGAUAAAGAUCAAAGAUGAGAAUGACAAUGUCCCGACUUUUACCCAACCAGUUAUAGGACUGUCCAUUCCAGAAAAUAAUGCGCCUGGGACUCAGUUGACAAAAAUUAGCGCAACUGAUGCGGACAGCGGGCGUAAUGCAGAGAUCAAUUAUUCCCUGGGAUAUGACGCCCCUUCAGUUUUCAAUCUAGACCGCAGGUCAGGAAUCCUGUCAGUGGUGCGCAGAUUGGACAGGGAAAAGCAGGACAAGUACACCUUCACGGUUGUGGCUAAGGAUAAUGGCUCCCCUUCUCUGCAGAGCAACGCCACUGUGAUGGUUAUGGUCCAGGAUCAAAAUGACAACAGUCCGGCUUUCACCCACAAUGAAUACAACUUCUAUGUGCCCGAAAACUUACCUUUGUAUGGUACAGUGGGCUUGAUCACAGUAACGGAUGUGGACUCUGGAGAUAAUGCAGUUAUCACCCUUUCCAUAUUGAAUGGCAAAGACAACUUUAUCAUAGAUCCUAAAACUGGAGUUAUUAAGCCCAACAUCACCUUUGACAGAGAACAGCAAAGCUCUUACACCUUUGUGGUAAAGGCUGUAGAUGCAGGUCGGCCUCAGCGUUCCUCGCUUGCCAAGGUCACCAUCAAUGUUGUGGAUAUAAAUGACAACCGGCCUGUAUUUGUUAUCCCAUCCUCCAACCACUCUUAUGAUUUAGUCAAAUCAACCACUAGCCCAGGCUCUGUGGUGACAAGAGUGUUUGCUAUAGACAAUGACACUGGCAUGAAUGCAGAACUUCACUACAGCAUCAUUGGUGGUGCCGCUAGGGGGUUGUUUUCCAUUGAUAAAAUUACUGGCAACAUUACAUUGCAAGAAAAGAUUGUAGCUGCAGAUCAGGGCUUGCACAGGCUUGUAGUCAAAGUCAAGGACUUGGGGCAGCCUGAAUCGUUAUAUGCCAUUGCUCUAGUGCAUUUGUUUGUCAAUGAAACUGUGGCCAAUGUCACAUACAUUCAAGAGCUUGUGUAUAAAAGCAUGGAAACUCCUUUGGAUCGGAACGUAGGUGACAGCAUGGUGACCCCCCAGAACAAUGGGUACAUCAUAGUAGUCAUUGCAAUCAUUGCAGGGACCAUGACAGUGAUUCUGGUCAUAUUUGUCACAGCUCUGGUGCGCUGCCGACAAACACCCAGGCACAAAGUGGUGCAAAAGAGCAAACAGAGUGGCGAGUGGGUGUCCCCUAACCAGGAGAACCGGCAAACAAAGAAGAAAAAGAAGAAGAAGAAGAGGUCUCCCAAGAGCCUCCUCUUGAACUUUGUCACCAUAGAAGAAUCUAAGCCAGAUGACCCGGCCCAUGAGCACAUUAAUGGAACCUUGGACCUCCCAGUGGAGUUGGAAGAGCAGACUAUGGGAAAGUACAACUGGGCCACCACACCCUCAACCUUCAAACCGGACAGUCCAGAUUUGGCUAAGCAUUACAAGUCCGCCUCCCCUCAGCCCACCUUCCAGAUCAAACCUGAGACCCCGGUCCCGCCCAAGAAACAUCAUGUCAUUCAGGAGCUUCCGCUGGAUAACACCUUUGUGGUGGGUUGCGACUCACUCUCCAAGUGUUCUUCAAGCAGCUCGGAUCCCUACAGUGUCUCUGAGUGCAGCUGCCAGGGAGGCUUCAAGACCACAGGGCCCAUUCACACACGCCAGUCGCAGCGCCGUGUCACUUUCCACCUGCCGGAUGGCUCUCAGGAGAGUUGCAGUGACAGUGGGCUAGGGGACCAUGAGCCCACAAGCAGUGCCAGCACCACCCAGCCCCUGCCUCUCGGCUUCCCUCAGGAGGAGUACUAUGAGCAGACCUCGCCCAACAGCCGCACUGAGGGGGACGGCAACUCAGACCCCGAGUCCAGGCCCAAAGUUGAUCACUUUACACUGCUGCCGAGACAACUAACAAGCACUGAAGCUAUCGAAGUGAACCUGCAGAAAGCACUCGCUGAAGCCUCAGAGACCUGCACACAGGAGUGCCUCAUCCUGGGACACUCUGACAGCUGCUGGAUGCCGCCUUCCUUGACCCAGUUCCAACAAACCACAAGCGCCUCGCUGCCUACCUUCGGAUUCCAGCAGGGCUGGGCCCAUGGAACCAAGCCUGAUGGUCGCCACACUCUGAGCAGGUCUGUCCCGAAAGACAAAAUCGAUAAGAGUCAGGGAGGGAACAGGCCGCAGUUCUACAACACUCUGGAUAGACACUGUAGCACCAAGGAAGAUCCUGUCAAGGUCAUCCCCCUGGCUAACUUCACCCCAUCAAGCCAGCAGGCUCCAGUCUCUGGGGGGACCACCAUCUUUGUAAAUGAGCAUCAGCUAUAAGACCAAGCCUAGGAAGCUGUAACCCACAAACACCCUCUCGGUGGUGGAUGUCCACUUGUAGCUUCUGCUUUACGUCCAUGCACAUGCCAGCUUGCAUUUGCGGUAUAGCAGUCUUGCUAAUAUCUAUGUAAAUAAAUCUGAGACGCAAAUUUGCUUUAGUGGAAAAAAGGAUCUGAGGUUAAGAAUACAAGUGCUUAAGAUUCCGAAAUGGCCCUGUACAUAUUAAGGUAGUUUUAUGCCAAAGUGGUACCUAAAUCAGGAUAAGGUUGUUUAGAUAUAGGGAUGCAAAUCUUGUUUGGAUAUAGGGAUGCAAAUUACUCAGAAGCUGCAAAAAACAUUUGGCACAGAAUGAAAUUAAAAUAUUUCUGUAGUAAAAAGAGACUUUUGUGAAUAUUGCAGUAGUUCAGUAAUGCUUAAAAGUAUACAGGCUAGUUAUUAAAGUAAUUGUAGCACUACUUGUUAGUGUGUCUAGACUAAACACAAGAAACAUAAAAGGAAACCAUACCUUAACAGUGGGUUUCUCAGACCCAGAUUAGAACUAAUCUUGGAAUAUGUUACCAAAUGGAGCAUUAGCUAGUCCAAGAUUAAUUCUAAUCAGGGUCUGUGACACCAAUUUUAAGAGAGCUAAGUAUCCCAUGUGACUGCUGUUUUCUCAAGCCCUCCUUGAGAUGAACCUUGAAAAUCUCGAGCCAUGUCAGAUACUGAAUAGAAUCCUAAAAUAUUUUUUUGUCUUGUACCUCAACUUAGUAUGUUAUAUGUAUUAGUACCAGCACCAAGUAGCCAAGUGACUACAGAUAACCCAGUUUAUAUACAAGUAUGUUGACUGACCAGACUAAAAAAAAAAAAAAAAAUGCGUUUAUGUUUGUCUGUUUUUUGGAAGCCAUAACUAACCCCACUUGAUAUUGUUGAGAGAUAAACAUUUUCUCUCAGUGGACAUUUUGAAUUCAGAUCAAUACACUGACAAUUUAGGUCUUUCUUAAUACCUUUCUUAUGCAAAUAUUGUGCUAGUCUUUACUUAUCUCAUUAACAUAAGAGCCCCAAUAACUCUGGAGCAUUGAAGACCAAUUAUAAUUUUACAUUUUCUCUUUUAUUAUUUCAAAUUGUUUAAAGCAUAAGAGUAGUGUGCAUCAUGAUAUGUGCUAUGGAACCAAUUAUGAAAAUAUCUCCUUUGCAUAAUUACUUAGAUCAGUAGACCAGUCAUAGCCCUGGAUGAUGGCAGUCUAACAAAUUAAUUGGCUUUUCUUUUCUACUUUCAUUUACCUUGCAUAGUUUAUAGGAGUGUUGCAUAGGAAUGUGUUGAACACUGUACAAUAAUUUACAGAACAACAAUCAGGUUAGACCGUUAUAUACCUUCUGCACCAUCUUACAAAAACAAAACAAAGUGCAGCAGUCAGCAAAUAUAUUGAAUUGUGUUUCAAGACAAGUCCCAAUCUGGAUUGUUUUCUGAACAGCUUUCAAAUUGCACUGAAACAAAUAAACCAAACUGAGUUUUUUUAUUUUAUUUUACCCCAGUGAAGGAGUACCUCCCAAGGUGGUCUCGGUUUGGUACGAUCAAAACAAAAUCUGGAAGGCACUGGGUUUGUUAGGAGCAUUUGAAAGUUUCAUCAGUACCGUUUGUGAUACAUUGUUUGGUACUCCUAAGUAAGCUUCAGUUUCAUUGACAUCAAUAUAAAUCAUGUACAUUUUGUUGAAAACUAGCUUUAUGUGCCAAACUUCGUUUCUUACCCUCAUCAAACCUUUGAGAAACGUAGAGAUUAAAGAUUAUGCUCAGAGACAGGAAUGUUCUAGAUCUGUUUGCAAUGUGCUGCAAAUUCUCCCUAUAUUCAGGUAUUUUUAAGCUUAUUCUUGUGCUACACCAAAGUUUAGUGGUAAAUCCAAGUCAUGUAUUCUUGAGUUUCUCAAUUGGUUAUUGAAGUGCUGCUUUCAGAAACAGUACUUACUAACUAGUUUUGUAAGUGAUAAUCCAUUUCAGACCUUAAAUACUCUGCACUUACCAGCUUCAUAAGUUAUAUGGCACGUACAGUAUGUACCUGUUAUCGAUGUACAAUGCAUAGGACCCCAAAGCUCUUCUACUCCUAAGCGAUUAAACAAAAUGAAUAACUGCAGCUGAAAUUGCAAUCGACAUAAAGUAAAUAAAUGUUAAAAUAUACUGGGUGAUUCAUAAUUACAUCAGUGUUGUUUUGCAUUGUUUUCCACUUACUGUAAAUGUUAACAUUAUUGAACUAGCCCUCUUGUUGACCAAACCAUGCAUCACAGAGUCUCUCUGUCAGACAUUUUUCUUUUGCAUAUCAUCCUCCACUUUUUAUGAUGCUCCGAUAAUGUCAAUUAUCAAUCACCCUGUACAUAUCAGAUAAGACAGGACAGAUGCAGAAUAUACACAGGUGUGUCAAAAGUCAUUGCAUUCUGCUGCUUAAUAUAGGUGUUGGCUACAGAGUUGUGACACUGUGUUCAACAGUUAGACAUAUCUGCUGUAAAUAUGGCAAAUGAGCUCUGGUCUGUAAGCAUUUGGCUGAAAAAGAUAAACUUUUGAUCGCUCUGUUUAUUUUCAUGGAGGAACAAUGCAUUCUGUGAUAUCUCUGCUCAGUGCACGAAGCUUAAAAUCAACAAGGAAAGCAUGCAGGUCAGUGAUCCAAAUGAUUACUUCAUUAUAAAUGAGUCAACCCAGCAGAGGAAUUAAGUGUGCCAUAAGAGUUCCUGUGUAGAUUGCCAUUAUAGGGCUGCACUGUUGCUCGUUGAACCAAAAGAAGACACUUGCAUCAGCUUCUAUUCCCUAUCUAGCAUUGUAAUUGAUUAAUACAUUUAAUUAAGGAAUAUAAUCACUGUGCUGGCAUUCUUAGGGGAACCUGACAUCUGCACACCCAAUGCCAGACUUCAUUCUUGAAUAAGAGAUCAUUUUGUUCUGGAUAUAUCUUGCUUCUCAUUGAUGGAAAAGUCACGUGGUAAUAUUCCAUGAAUGCUAAACUAGUUCAGUGACACCAUUAUUCUUCUACAUUACACGCUUGAGAAGUUCAAAGAACUAGGAGGGUACUGCAAUGUAUUUAAAUGCAAAGCCAAUACCCUCGACCAUGGAGUUACUUAGACACAACUCCUUAUAGCUAAGUAUGUCCAUUAAUGCAUUCCUGUUGGUGUAUGCCAUUUGAAAUAUUCCCAACAGUGAUUUCUAGCUGCAGUUUUAUAUCUGUUCCAUAAGAAAGGUGGGUGUUAUAGUGUAGGGUGGUAUACUUAUGGGGGCGUAUCACAUGUAGGUGUUGUCCCUUUAAUGUUCUCAACCCAGUUUUAAAUGAUAUAGAUGUAAUUUAACUCUCUGACCUUCAGCACAAUGAUUAAUGGCUUAGGGAGAACCAAGAAGAUAUAGGGCUGGAUAUAAGACUUGAUUCAUCCUCAGUGUGUUUAUAACACUAACACAAACAGUGCUCUUGUUUCAAGGUCAAUAUACAGAAGAGAUAGAAAAGUGCAGCUUUCUCUAUAUAAAUAGGCCCACAUUUAAAAUUCAUAGUAAAAGUAGGUACUUGAUGAUUUCUUGCUUCUCAUUUAUCAGACUUUAAAUAGUAUUAAGUAUUAAGAUGGUGGCAAUAUUAAAGUGUGAUUGUUACACUAAUUUGUAAAAUGAUCUUAGAAAUGUAUUUGAUAAAGUGAAAGGGCAAUAUAUUUAAAACUAUCAUGAGCAUAAAUCAUAAAUGAAAUCUCCUGGUCCCUAAUGGGUAGAUGCCUCACCGUUGAAUAAUUAAUGCACAGACUGCUGAAAUUAUAGAGGAGGAAGAAUGGGGGGGGGGUUACAAUUAAUUGUAUCAUUUUUAUUUAAUGUUCCUCAGUAUUCACUACUGAAAAAAGCGUGGAAAAAAGACAUGAAAUGUGUUUAUUUGACCAACUGUGCUAACCAAAAGUUUAAAUACUAUGGCAUUAAUUUCUUUGAUAUGAUUGCACGGGCAACAUGAAAUACCAUUAUUGUACCCUCAUGAAAAGGUUUUAGUUUGGAAACGCCCACUACAAAACCAGUAAACAAACAGGAAAGUAUACAUGUGUUAAAACAAACAAAACAACACACACUUUUGUAUUCAUUCCAGUAAUCGGUUCAUAGAACAUGCAAGAACAGUAGUGGGUGGUUAAUGGAGAAAUCGACAGGCACAUUCCUUUAAGCAGGUGAUAAUUACCACCAGUGAUAGUCAUUAUUGCCCAGUUGGUGUUCUCCAGUUAGUCAAACUGCUCGUUAAGUGGUUUGGUUGUCACACUUGGUUGGUAUUUUAGUGAUGUUCCUGUCAAUAGACAGAAAAGUUCUCCCUAAAGAAACACAAGUAGGUGGCGCAAUCUGUGCUUCAAAGCUGCAUCUAAUUAAAAAAAAAAAAAAAAAAGGUGUGAAUAAUAUUCAGCAGAUGCUAACUUUGGAUUUUCAUUUGGAGUAAGCAAAUGGCGAAGAAGGCUUUGGAUAAUAAUAGAAGAAAAAUAUAUAUUUGGAGUUGAAAGAAAGAGCCCUUGAAACGGCUCUUGAUCCAUUUGUUGAUGGGGGGGGGGGUUUACUUCCAUGUCUGUCGUUUGUUAUACAAGCCUGUUUUAAACACUAGAUUUCCCACUUUUCCUAUAAAAAUGCAUUCAUACACUGUUCAAAUUAUAAAAUGACAAUCUGUGUUUUAAGCAAAAAUACAUGAAUAAGUAAAUAACUUUGAUGUUUUGCCUGGGUAUUCUUUAUGUACAGUAGAUGCCAUGUCUCUUGUGUUAAAACAAAGUGUACAAAUUAUUGUUGUAUUAUAUAUGCUUGUAAAUGACGAGAAAUUGCUGUGUAUAUUAGUUAUUGGAGUUCACAAUUGCUUUUGCAGCUUUAUUGUAUGCCAGCAGGUCUAAGUAUUUUGAUCAUUCAUGGUAUAUAUUGUUAUUUCAAAUGUAAAUUAUUCCCACCCACAGGCAGUAACUUUACUGUGGAAAUGCUUUCACCUAACCAGAUUUGUUUGGUGUGAUAAUUUUUUCUUUGUGCGAUAAAAUUUAAAUGGAACCAUUAAAUAUUGCAACUUAA